UGCAUGUGGCUCACUAAGGAGAGCAAGGCGUUCUGGAUCAUGGCACGCGCCGUCAAGGACUUUGUCGACAACGAGGGCGGCGGCUCGCUGCCUCUGCGCGGCACGCUGCCGGACAUGACCGCCGACUCGGACCGCUACGUGGCGCUGCAGGGCGUGUACCGCGCGCGGGCACGCCGCGACCUCGAGCGCGUGCGCGCGCGCGUCAACGCGCAGCUGCAGCAGCUCGGCCUGCCCGCGGCGCGAGUCGACGACGACGACCUGUGCCGCUUCUGCCGCGGCGCCGCCUUCCUGCACGUGACGCGCUGCCGCUCGCUCGCGCAGGAACACGCGCGCGCCGCCGCCGACGCAGCCGCCCCGCCGCUAGAGGGCGCCGCUGCCGACGACGGCGACGACAACGCGACGGUGUGGUAUGUGCUGCUGCGUGCCGUCGGGCGGUUCCGCGGCGAACACAGCCGCUACCCCGGUGCGCGCGCGGGGGAGGUGGAGACGGACAUUGCGCUGCUGAAGGCGUGCGCGAGCCGGCUGCUCGCCGAGUGGGGGCUGCCGGCGAUCGCGCGCGACGACCACAUUCACGAGGUGUGUCGCUACGGCGCCGCCGAGCUCGCUUCCGUCGCGGCGCUCGUAGGGGGCGCCUCCGCGCAGGAGGCGAUCAAGGUGGUCACGCAGCAAUUUGUGCCGCUCAACAACACGUACAUCUACAGCGGCAUCACGCAGACGUCAACGACGCUCGAGGUGUGAUCCCGCAUCGUUGGGAAGAGUGAUUAGUCGUUAACCAUGCUAGAGGUGCGAUGCAAGGGAAGAUUGAUAGCAGUUAGAUGUCUAGGAUGCUGGAGGUGUGAUGCGAGGAGAGUGAUUAUGCAGUUAGAUGUCUAGAUGCUGGAUGUGUGAGUGAG